AUGCUACUGCUAGAAGCAGUCAUCUUCUCCUGCCUCUGGGCUUUUGGCCUUGGGCAGGCAAUGUUGGAGCAACCUGAAAUAUCAAUUUCCAGAGAAAAAGAUAAGAGUGCCCACAUAUUAUGCAAGGUGUCUGCUAAGGACUUUAACAGUGAAACCAUAUACUUCUACCGGCAGAAACCAGAUCAGGAGAUAGAACAUCUAACAAAUGUCAUAACAAACCAUGUUCAAGUUUCUUUAGGUGGGAAGAACAACAAACUUGAGGCAAGCAAAAAUGCUGGCACUUCCACUGCAACGUUGAAAAUACAUUUUCUAGAGAAAGAAGACGAGGCCAUGUACUACUGUAGCAGCUGGAUCAAGAUAUUUGCACAAGGAACUAAGCUCAUAGUAACUCCCCCAGAUAGAAGCCUUGAUGCAGACAUUUCUCCCAAGCCCACAAUUUUCCUUCCUUCAAUUGCUGAAAGAAGACUCCAUAAGGCUGGAACAUAUCUUUGUCUUCUUGAGGACUUUUUCCCUGAUGUUAUUAAGAUAGAUUGGAAAGAAAAGGAUGACGAAACAAUUCUCAAAUCGCAGCAGGGAGACACCAUGAAGACUAAUGACACAUACAUGAAAUUCAGCUGGCUGACCGUGAGUGGAGCGUCAAUGGAUAAAGAACACAAAUGUAUCGUGAAACACGAGUGGAAUAAAGGAAGAGUUGAUCAAGAGAUUCUAUUUCCCUCACAGAAAAACAGUGAAACUAAUAAAUGACUUCUUUUAGACACCCUGCAGCUGCAGCUCAUGAGCACCUCUGCCUACUACACCUACCUCCUACUUCUCCUCAAGAGCCUGAUCUACUCCAGCAUCAUCGCCAUCUGUCUGCUUGGGAGACCAGCAUUCUGUGGCAACGGGAAGAGUUCCUAACACAUGGUGGCACCAAGGGUCCACUUGUCUCUAUUGUCUAUUGUCCCUAAAAUUGUCUGCUGUGCAUCUAGUGGGACUUUCUCUCUGAGUUUGGUAUAUUUCAGUUCAAAUGUGUUUUUUUCUCUUGUGUCAUUAUUGCAGAACUGGUUAACAAACCACUGGGUAAAAAGAAACUUUCACUCCACAACAAGAACAAAUUCUGCCAUGACUCAGGGGUGGGGCCAGGGGACCAUCCACAGGGGCUUCAGCACCACUCCCUCCUUAAUGUCCACCAGCUCCUCAGCCACCUGGUACUCAUGUCUCUGAGCACAGCCAACACACAACUUCCAGUUGCAUCUCUUGGGGCUCUUUAACCAGAUAAUUGCUUCAAAGCCAUUUAUUUUACACAUCCGGACUCCCAUCUUUGCUACCUGAGUAUUG